GAAAAGCGCCUCAAAUUUGCCAGCUCUUCCGUUUCUCCCACUCUUGCCAUCAAGUUCAUCUACAGCCCCAGCUUUCAUUACCAAACCCUCACACUACCAACCUCUACCACCACCAACUUCAUUCACAAUGGGUUACGAGAAGGGCGAUGCUAAGAAGGGUGCCAACCUCUUCAAGACCCGCUGCGCGCAGUGCCACACCCUGAAGGAGGGUGAGGGUAACAAGAUCGGUCCCAUGCUCCACGGUCUCUUCGGCCGCAAGACUGGUCAGGUCGACGGUUACUCCUACACCGACGCCAACAAGCAGAAGGGCAUUACCUGGGACGAGAACACCCUCUUCGAGUACCUCGAGAACCCCAAGAAGUACAUUCCCGGCACCAAGAUGGCCUUCGGUGGUCUCAAGAAGCCCAAGGACCGCAACGACCUCAUCACCUUUCUCCAGGAGGAGACCAAAUAAGCGCAUCCAAUCUUCCCACGGGACGCUUAUCCCUCAUCUACCGACCUGUCAUGACCCUUCUAUAAUCCCUUUCGACCAAACCUUUGUCUUCCGAUUGUACCAACACCCACGAUAGACGUACGAUUGCGGCGAUGAAGCGCGCCUCCGGCGCCACACCGCUCUGUGUAGAUUAUGUUUGGAAUAUCAUCUGGCGCCUUGAGAUUUCUGGUGCUGCAUGUUCGGUUUGGAAUUAGCGGCACGCUCGAAAUAAACAUUUUCUCCUCUUCAAU